UCCAACAUGGCGGCGCCCAGUGGUUUCAGCUGCACGUGAGAAAGAGUCUGCGCGCCUGGGAAUCGGAGAGUGCAAGUGUGUGAGCCAGUUUCCUCUCCUGUCGUCGGUAGCAUCCCUUCGACCCUUCCCUAGGUCCUCGCGGCCGCUGCCCCUUUGCAGCCAUGAAGACGAAGCCCGUUUCGCACAAGACCGAGAACACGUACCGGUUUCUUACAUUUGCUGAACGACUGGGGAAUGUGAAUAUUGAUAUUAUUCACCGGAUUGAUAGAACUGCAAGCUAUGAUGAGGAAGUUGAAACCUACUUUUUUGAGAGUCUGCUGAAAUGGAGAGAAUUGAACCUUACGGAACACUUUGGGAAAUUUUACAAAGAGGUUAUUGACAAAUGCCAGUCAUUCAACCAGCUGGUCUAUCAUCAAAAUGAGAUAGUUCAGAGUUUGAAGACUCACCUGCAAGUCAAGAACAGUUACGCCUAUCAGCCCCUUUUGGAUUUAGUUGUACAGUUGGCACGAGAUCUGCAGACGGAUUUCUAUCCCCAUUUUCAGGAUUUUUUCCUGACUAUCACCUCAAUCCUGGAGACUCAGGACACGGAAUUGUUAGAAUGGGCUUUCACUUCGCUGUCGUAUCUUUACAAGUACCUGUGGAGACUGAUGGUGAAGGACAUGUCCAAUAUAUACAGCAUGUAUAGUACACUCCUGGCUCAUAAAAAACUACAUAUAAGAAAUUUUGCUGCUGAAAGCUUUACUUUUUUGAUGAGAAAGGUUUCCGAUAAAAAUGGUCUUUUCAAUUUAAUGUUUUUUGAUCUUGAAGAACAUCCAGAAAAAGUAGAAGGAGUCGGACAGUUGCUCUUUGAAAUGUGCAAAGGAGUUAGAAAUAUGCUCCACUCCUGUACAGGGAAGGCAGUGAAGCUAAUUUUGCAAAAGCUAGGACCAGUUACUGAAACAGAAACUCAACUACCAUGGAUUUUAGUUGGAGAAACACUUAAAAGCAUGGUCAAAUCCACUGUGUCCUACAUCUACAAGGAACAUUUUGGUACAUUUUUUGAAUGUUUAAAAGAGUCACUUCUGGAUCUACAUACAAAAGUAACCAAAACCAACUGUGGCGAAUGUUCUGAACAGAUAAAAAGGUUGCUGGAAACAUAUCUGAUACUUGUGAAACAUGGAAAUGGAUCAAAGAUAACCAAACCUGUUGAUAUUUGUAUGGUAUUGUCUCAAACAUUACAAAUACCCCAUCUCUCCACAUCUUGCCGGGAGACCCUCUUGGAUGUAAUUUCUGCUUUGAUCCUAGGAGAAAAUGUUUCCUUGCCAGAGACCCUCAUCAAAGAAACCAUAGAAAAAACUUUUGAGAGCAGAUUUGAAAGACGUUUAAUUUUGGAUUUUUCUGAAGUCAUGUUUGCUAUGAAGCAGUUUGAGCAGCUUUUUCUACCAAGCUUUCUCUUAUAUAUUGAGAAUUGCUUCUUGAUUGAUGAUGCUGCAGCCAAAGAUGAAGCUCUGGCCAUUUUGGUCAAGCUCAUUUUGAACAAAGCAGCACCUCCCACUGCUGGCUCGAUGGCAAUUGAGAAGUACCCUCUGGUUUUUUCACAACAGAUGGUGGGAUCCUAUGUAAGGCAGAAGAAGACUAGAUCCAAGGGAGGAAAGGAACAGAUUCCAGUACUGGACCAUCUUUUAUCUGUAAUUCAGUUACCCCCAAAUAAAGAUGCUAUUUACCUUUCACAUUCUUGGGCAGCCCUGCUUGUGUUACCUCAUAUUAGACCUCUUGAGAAAGAGAAGGUGAUACCACUAGUCACGUGCUUCAUAGAGUCACUCUUCAUGACUGUUGACAGAGGGAGCUCUGGAAAAGGAAACUUAUUUGUUCUUUGUCAAGCUAUAAAUACUCUGCUAAGUUUGGAAGAAUCUUCUGAACUUCUUCAUUUGGUUCCUGUGGAACGCGUGAAGAAUUUAGUGUUAACGUUUCCCUUGGAACCGUCCGUGUUGCUGUUGGCUGAUCUCUAUUAUCAGAGAUUAUCCUUAUGUGGCUGCAGAGGCCCACUCUCCGAGGAAGCUUUAAUGGAAUUAUUUCCCAAGUUACAAGCAAACAUUUCAACUGGUAUAUCCAAGAUUCGGCUUUUGACAAUAAGGAUCCUAAACCACUUUGAGGUUCGGCUUCCGGAAUUGAUGGAGGAGGAUGGGCUCUCAGAGCGUCAGUCUGCCUUUGCUAUAUUACGCCAGGCAGAACUUGUUCCAGCAACCGUGAACGAUUACAGAGAGAAGCUUCUUCAUUUGAGAAAACUAAGACACGAUGUGGUACAGACUGCAGUCCCUGAUGGGCCAUUACAGGAGGUGCCACUUCGUUAUUUAUUAGGCAUGUUAUAUGUUAAUUUCAGUGCUCUGUGGGAUCCUGUUAUUGAACUCAUAAGUUCUCAUGCACAUGAAAUGGAAAAUAAGCAAUUUUGGAAAGUCUACUAUGAACAUCUAGAAAAAGCAGCUACACAUGCUGAGAAAGAAUUGCAAAAUGAUGUAAGAGAUGAGGAGAAGCCCAUUGGAGAUGAAAGUUGGGAGCAGACUCAGGAAGGAGAUGUUGGAGCUCUUUAUCUUGAACAGUUGGCGUUGAAAACCAACUGUCAGGAAAGACUGGACCAUACCAAUUUUCGGUUUUUACUCUGGCGAGCUCUGGCAAAAUUCCCAGAGAGGGUAGAGCCACGGUCCAGGGAACUUUCCCCACUUUUCUUGAGAUUUAUCAACAAUGAGUAUUACCCAGCAGAUCUGCAAGUUGCUCCCACCCAGGAUCUGCGAAGAAAAAGCAAAGGAGUGGUAGCAGAGGAAAUAGAAGAGGAGCCUGCUGCUGGGGACGAUGAAGAAUUGGAGGAAGAGGUGGUGCCCCAAGAUGAGCCUUCACAGAGGAAAAAGACAAGAAGAGCUGCAGCAAAGCAGUUAAUUGCUCAUUUGCAAGUUUUCUCUAAGUUUUCGAAUCCACGGGCCUUAUAUCUGGAAUCCAAAUUAUAUGAACUGUAUCUUCAGUUGUUGCUACACCAGGAUCAAACGGUGCAAAAAAUAACCCUGGACUGCAUAAUGACAUAUAAACAUCCACAUAUCGUCCCUUACAGGGAAAACUUACAAAGAUUGCUUGAAGACAGAAGCUUUAAGGAGGAGAUAGUGCAUUUUAGCAUUUCUGAAGAUAAUACAGUAGUGAAAACAGCCCACCGAGCAGAUCUGUUUCCUAUUCUGAUGAGAAUUCUGUAUGGCCGAAUGAAGAAUAAGACUGGGAGUAAAACGCAGGGGAAAUCUGCUUCAGGCACCCGCAUGUCCAUUGUUCUGAGGUUCCUUGCUGGAACCCAACCUGAGGAGAUCCAGAUCUUCUUAGACCUGCUGUUUGAACCUGUGAAGCACUUCCAGAACGGAGAAUGCCAUUCUGCAGUCAUUCAGGCAGUAAAAGAUUUGGAUUUGUCUAAAGUUCUUCCUUUGGGUCGUCAGCACGGUAUUUUAAAUAGCCUUGAAAUAGUAUUGAAGAACAUUAGUCAUCUGAUCAGUGCAUACUUACCAAAGAUUAUGCAGAUAUUGCUCUGUAUGACAGCAACUGUAUCACACAUCCUUGACCAACGAGAAAAGAUACAGCUGAGGUUUAUUAACCCACUGAAAAGUUUGAGACGUCUUGGAAUCAAAAUGGUGACUGAUAUCUUUUUGGAUUGGGAGUCCUAUCAGUUCAGAACAGAAGAAAUUGAUGCUGUAUUUCAUGGUGCGGUUUGGCCCCAGAUCAGCAGGCUUGGAUCUGAGAGUCAGUAUUCUCCCACUCCUCUGCUGAAGCUAAUCAGCAUCUGGAGCAGAAAUGCAAGAUAUUUCCCUUUCCUGGCUAAACAGAAACCUGGGCACCCAGAAUGUGACAUCCUGACCAAUGUUUUUGCAAUUCUCUCAGCAAAGAAUCUCUCUGAAGCCACAGCUAGUGUUGUGAUGGAAAUAGCUGAUGACCUUCUUAACCUUCCAGAUUUUGAGCCCACAGAAACAGUUUUGAGCUUGCCAGUAACUGGAUGCGUAUACACAGAAAGUGCAGAUGAGUCUAUCACAACAGGAGGACGAUUAAUUCUACCUCAUGUACCUGCAAUUCUCCAGUAUCUCAGCAAAACCACAAUAAGUGCAGAAAAGGUGAAAAAGAAAAAGAAUAGGGCACAAGUCAGUAAGGAACUCGGCAUUCUUUCAAAGAUCAGCAAGUUUAUGAAAGACAAAGAACAAAGUUCUCUACUCAUUACACUUCUCCUUCCUUUCCUGCACCGUGGCAAUAUUGCUCAGGAUACAGAGAUUGAUAUUCUGGUGACGGUACAAAACCUGUUAAAACAUUGUCUGGAGCCUACAAGCUUCCUUAAAUCUCUAGCAAAACUCUUCUCUGUUAUUAAGAACAAGUUGUCAAGACAGUUGCUUUGUACAGUGUUCCAGACUCUUUCUGAUUUUGAGAGUGGAUUAAAAUAUAUUACUGAUGUUGUCAAGCUUAACGCCUUUGAUCAAAGACAUCUUGAUGAUAUCAACUUUGAUGUUCGCUUCUCGACGUUCCAGACCAUCACCUCUUAUAUUAAAGAGAUGCAAACCGUGGAUGUUAACUACCUGAUUCCAGUUAUGCAUAAUUGUUUCUAUAAUCUGGAGUUAGGAGACAUGUCUUUGAGUGAUAAUGCCAGCAUGUGCUUGAUGAGUAUCAUCAAAAAGCUAGCUGCCUUGAACGUCACAGAGAAAGACUACAGAGAAAUCAUUCAGCGUUCACUCUUAGAGAAACUGAGGAAAGGAUUGAAGAGCCAGACAGAGAGUAUUCAACAGGAUUAUACGACACUGCUUUCCUGUUUAAUUCAAACCUUUCCAAAUCAACCAGAAUUUAAAGACUUGGUACAGCUUACUGAUUGCCAUGAUCCAGAGAUGGACUUCUUUGAGAAUAUGAAGCACAUUCAGAUCCACAGAAGAGCAAGAGCCUUGAAGAAACUGGCAAAGCAACUACUGGAAGGCAUAAUCAUGCUAUCUUCUAAGUCUCUUCAGAAUUACAUCAUGCCUUACGCCAUGACUCCAAUUUUUGAUGAGAAAAUGCUCAAGCAUGAAAAUAUAACCAUUGCUGCCACAGAGGUUAUUGGAGCUAUUUGCAAACAUCUCUCUUGGUCAGCAUAUAUAUAUUACUUGAAACAUUUCAUUCAUGUCUUACAGACAGGACAGAUCAAUCAAAAGUUGGGUGUCAGUUUGCUCGUAAUAGUGUUAGAAGCAUUCCACUUUGACCACAAAACUCUUGAAGAACAAAUGAGAAAAAUUCAGAAUGGAGAAAACACAAUAGAAGUGACUGAGUUGCCAGAGGAGGAAGCCAUGGAAUUAGAGCAUGUGGAUGAGGAAGAGAAGGAAAAUAGAUGUAAGAGUUUGUCAAACAACGAUGAAGAACUGGGAAACCCUGAUCCAGGGGAUUGUGAAGGGACAUCAGUUAAGGAAUCCGAAUGUAUCACGAAGUCCAUCUCUGUCCUUCCUCGGAAUAAGGAAGAAUUGGAGAAAACAAUUAAAAAUAUCCAAGGCGCCAUAACUGGGGACAUCCUACCCAGGCUUCAUAGAUGCCUGGCAUCUACGACUAAAAGGGAAGAAGAACACAAGCUCAUAAAAUCCAAGGUUGUGAAUGAUGAGGAAGUGGUUCGAGUUCCUUUAGCUUUUGCUAUGGUUAAACUAAUGCAGUCCCUUCCAAAAGAAGUUAUGGAAGCUAAUCUGCCAAGUAUUUUGCUGAAAGUGUGUGCCCUCCUCAAGAACAGAGCACAGGAAAUCAGAGACAUUGCACGCAGCACUCUCGCAAAAAUAAUAGAAGAUCUGGGUGUGCGCUACCUACAGUAUAUUUUGAAAGAAUUACAAACUACGCUUGUCCGUGGAUAUCAGGUCCAUGUGCUGACUUUCACUGUUUACAUGUUGCUGCAAGGCCUCACCAGCAAGCUACAAGUUGGGGAUUUGGACUCUUGUUUAGAUAUAAUGAUUGAGAUUUUUAACCAUGAGUUGUUUGGAGCUAUUGCCGAAGAGAAGGAAGUAAAGCAAAUCCUCUCCAAAGUCAUGGAGGCACGAAGAAGCAAGAGUUAUGAUUCUUAUGAAAUCCUGGGCAAGUUUGUAGGAAAAAAUGAGGUUACAAAACUUAUCCUUCCAUUGAAAGAGAUCUUACAAAAUACCACGAGUUUAAAACUGGCCCGGAAAGUUCAUGAAACCUUACGCCGAAUCAUAGCAGGAUUAAUUGUAAACCAGGAAAUGACGGCAGAAUCCAUUCUAUUGCUCAGUUAUGGUUUGGUCAGUGAAAAUCUCCCCCUGUUAACAGAGAAGGAAAAAAAUCCAGCAGCCCCUGCACCGGAUCCACGUCUGCCACCGCAGAGCUGUCUUCUACUUCCCCCAACUCCAGUUCGAGGCGGGCAGAAAGCUGUUGUGAGCAGGAAAACCAACAUGCACAUAUUUAUUGAGUCUGGGCUUCGGCUUCUGCAUCUGAGUCUGAAGACUUCCAAGAUCAAGUCCUCAAGUGAACAUGUUCUGGAAAUGUUGGAUCCUUUUGUGUCUCUCCUCAUAGACUGCCUGGGUUCCAUGGACGUGAAGGUGAUCACAAGUGCUUUACAGUGCCUGAUCUGGGUCUUGAGAUUCCCUCUGCCUUCCAUAGAAACAAAAGCGGAACAGCUGACAAAACACCUUUUCCUUUUGCUGAAGGACUAUGCAAAACUCGGGGCUGCCCGGGGCCAGAACUUCCACCUGGUGGUAAAUUGUUUCAAGUGUGUGACCAUACUUGUGAAGAAAGUGAAGUCUUACCAGAUAACUGAAAAGCAGCUUCAAGUUCUACUAGCAUAUGCUGAGGAGGACAUUUACGAUACUUCAAGACAAGCCACUGCAUUUGGUCUUCUGAAGGCCAUUUUAUCAAGAAAGUUGUUGGUCCCAGAAAUCGAUGACGUCAUGAGGAAAGUAUCCAAGUUGGCAAUUUCUGCACAAAGCGAACCAGUCAGAGUCCAGUGCAGACAGGUUUUUCUGAAAUAUAUUCUUGACUAUCCCCUGGGUGAAAAAUUGAGACCAAACUUGGAAUUCAUGCUCGCUCAACUGAAUUACGAACAUGAGACCGGGAGAGAGUCUGCCUUGGAAAUGAUCGCCUGUCUCUUUGACACAUUCCCUCAGGGACUGCUCCAUGAGAACUGCGGAAUGUUCUUUAUUCCUCUUUGUCUAAUGAUGGUGAAUGAUGACUCUGCCACAUGUAAAAAGAUGGCGUCCAUGACAAUCAAAUCCUUACUCAGUAAAAUCAACCUGGAGAAAAAAGAUUGGCUCUUUGAUAUGGUUACCACCUGGUUUGGAGCAAAAAAGAGCUUAAAUAGACAGCUAGCAGCCCUGAUCUGUGGCUUGUUUGUGGAAUGUGAAGGAGUCACUUUUGAGAGAAGACUUGGAACUGUUCUUCCUGUGAUUGAAAAGGAAAUUGAUCCUGAAAACUUUAAAGAUGUCAUGGAAGAGACUGAAGAAAAAGCUGCAGAUCGCCUUCUGUUUAGUUUUCUUACCCUGAUAAGUAAACUCAUCAAGGAAUGUAACAUUGUUCAGUUCACCAAGCCCUCUGAGACUUUGAGUAAAAUAUGGAGUCAUGUGCACUCUCACCUGAGACAUCCACACAAUUGGGUGUGGCUCACUGCAGCCCAGAUAUUUGGAUUGCUCUUUGCUUCUUGCCAACCAGAGGAACUUACUAGAAAAUGGAAUGCCAAAAAGACCAAAAAGAAACUCUUACAACCUGUAGCAGUCAAGUUCCUAACAAGUGACCUUGACCAAAAGAUGAAAAGUAUCUCCCUAGCCUCUUGCCAUCAAUUGCAUUCCAAAUUCUUGGAUCAGUCUCUAGGAGAGCAGGUUGUUAAGAAUUUGUUAUUUGUAGCCAAAGUCUUAUAUUUACUGGAACCUGAUUCUGAGGAUAAGCAAAGUGAGAUAAAAGAGGACAUUGAAGAACAAGAAGCUUUAGGAGAUGGUGUGGCCAGAGAGGAAGUGGAACACGAGGUCCAUGCGGAUAAGAAGGCGGAAUCUGACAAAGAAGAAAAUGAAGAGGCAAAGGAAGAAAACAGCAAGCCAGCCACGCUGCUGUGGUUGAUCCAGAAGUUGUCCCGGAUCGCAAAACUGGAAGCUUCCUAUUCACCUAGAAACCCCUUAAAGAGAACAUGCAUCUUUAAGUUUCUCGGAGCUGUAGCCGUGGAUCUUGGAAAAGACAGGGUGAAGCCGUAUCUCGCAGUGAUCCUAGCUCCUCUCUUCCGAGAACUGAGCAGCACCUAUUCAGACCAGGAUCCUUUGCUGAAGAACCUAUCCCAGGAAAUCAUAGAAUUACUCAAAAAGCUCGUUGGGCUGGAAAGCUUCUCAUUAGCUUUUGCCACUGUACAGAAACAGGCUAAUGAGAAAAGGGCACUCCGGAAAAAGAGGAAGGCUUUGGAGUUUGUAACUAAUCCUGAUAUUGCUGCCAAGAAAAAGCUGAAGAAACACAAAAAUAAAAGUGAAGCAAAGAAGAGAAAGAUAGAGUUCCUGCGUCCAGGCUAUAAGGCCAAGAGACAAAAGAGCCACAGCCUGAAAGAUUUAGCAAUGGUGGAGUAAACUGCUCCCUGUGCUGACUCAGUGUCUCAACUUACCCCAAAGCAUGAACUUUCUGAUCUAUCUGCUAGUGUGAAAUCACAGCAGAUUUUAUUAUUAAAGUUAAACUUUGGCAUAGGUUAUAAUAUUACACAGUUUAAUAUAAUCAUGCUCCUAUUUUUUUAAUUCCUUUUUUUUUAAUUUUUUUAUUUAUUUUUUUAUUUUUUUGUGUGUGUGAGGAAGAUCAGCCCUGAGCUAACAUCCAUGCCAGUCCUCCUCUUUCUGCUGAGGAAGACCGGCCCUGGGCUAACAUCUGUGCCCGUCUUCCUCCACUUUAUAUGGGACGCCGCCACAGCAUAGCCUGACAAGCGGUGCAUCAGUGCGUGCCUGGGAUCUGAACCCGGGCCGCCAGCAGCGGAGCGUGCGCACUUAACCUCUACGCCAUGGGGCUGGUCCCGCUUCUAUUUUUUUUAAUUAAAACAUUUCCUAAUACUACUGUAUCUUCAGUGUCUAAAAAGCAUGUGACACUAGUGAUAGAGUUUAAAAUGUAAUUUUUUUUUAAAAAGAUACACUUUAAAAUAGCAAGACAAAAAUGUAGAAGUUAGAAAUAAAUCAAACACAUGAUAUGCAAUACCUUUAUGGAAUUAUAAAACUUUAUCAAAAGACAUUAAAAAAGAUCUGCACAAAUGGAGAAAUAUUACUGUCUUCCUGGAUAGGAAGAUUCAGUAUCAUAAGAUUCUUCCCAUUUGGGCCAUUGGUUAAAUGCAUAUUCUGAGCAAAAUCCCAAAAGAGUUGUUCAUGUUAUCCUAACAAGCUGAUUCUAAAAUUUAUACAGAAGAUAAGCCAAGAAUAACCAUGAUGCUCUUAAAAAAGGAGAACAAGGUGAGGGGCUUGCCCUGUCAGAUAUCAAAAGUAUGACACAAAAAGUGCUAAUCUAUAGAGGGAACGUGAUCAAUUCUACUGCAUUAAAAUUAAGAACUACUUAUGAAAAGAUAUAAUGGGAUAUGACAUUUACCAUAUAGUGAUAAAGGAUUAGUAGUACUCAGGCUGUAUAAUGAAUACCUAUGAAUCAACAAAGAUAAUCCUGUAGUAAAAGUGGCAAAGAGAGAAACAGGCAUUGCACAGAAGAAAUAUAAAUGGCCCUUAAACAUUAACAUUUCGCUGAUAUGGCUAUAACGGUUCCUAAAUUUUAAAGUACUAUGUACUGGUUGGUAAGUGCGUGCCACCCUGGCAUGAGUCCCUAGACUCCAUAUCUCCCCACACCAGAAAGUAAAGGAUUAAUACCUGGACGAGUAGGGGCCCUCCUGCAUCAGCUAUGUCUGUUUGUUAAAUAUUUUGAAUCACUCCUAUAUUCAACCUCAUUAAUUAGGAAAAUGCAAAUUAACACCAGAAUGAAACUCCAUUUUGAACACUUCAGACUGAUAAGGCUGACAGUACCAAAUGUUGGCAAGCAAAGGGAACUCUUCUAAACCACUUUAGAAAGCAAUUUGGCAUUAUCUUCUUCAACCAUAUGCUGUCUUUUUGCCUCACUCUACAGUUGAUGUGAAAGCAGUAUUCUUCGGUGCCCAAUAUAUGUGGAAGGGAGGUGGGAGGAAGAGUCCAUCCUAUGUGCCAGGCACCUUGUAUACAUUCUGUUUAAUCCUCCUAGUAUUCCUGAGAGCUCCCUAAAAUUGGUUCUUAUUUUACAGAUAAGGAAACUGAGACUUAAAUAAUUUACCUAAGGGUGACACAGGUUGUAGGUGGCAUAAUCAGGAUUCGAACCCAGAAUUGAAAGCCCAUGCUCUUUAUAAUUUGUAAUUAUGGGGUUAGAAUAUUAUAGCAUGUGGCAUAGGAAUCAAAUGUUCAAACAUUCAAAAACUUCAGCAGCUGUGUUUUGAUGUAGUUUGUCUCUCAAACAGUUCUCACACUUCCAAGGGAUUUGUAAUGUGCCAAAAGGAUAAACAUGGGGCAUCCUGGAAGGCCCCGUUAAUUUCAGUUAAUUCUAAGUGAUUUAAAGUGCAUGUAUUACUUGUAUAAAAAUUUUAAAAAUCAAAAAAGUUAAUACUGAGGCAAAAAUCUUAUAGUAAAAAUAUCUCGGGGAUGUUGAACACAGCUUUGUUUUAAUCACUAAAUACUGAGUGCCUACUAAGUGCCAGGUGCACCACACUAGGUGCAAGGGAUAGUAACAGUAAACAAGGUGCGGUCCCUGCCCUCAAGGAGCUUACAUUUCCACAAUUUAAAGUGCAUCUCAGGUGUCCCGAUAACAGAAUUCCACCACUCUCAAUUUCUCAUUGUUUUCGGUGUGAUCACAUGACACAGCACAACUACCAACCAGAUAAAAUAGAAAGUUAGAGCUAAAAGAAACCUUUGAUACUAUUUGUCCAAGUCUCUUGUUUUAGGGAAAAAACUGAAGGAGUGGCCAUUUGUGCCUAGAACUCAUGUGUUCUGAUUUCAGGUUUGGUGCUUUUCCCAUUUUCAGGCUUCUCAUAAAACAAUAUUCAGUAGAUUUUUAUAAAUAUCAACAUUCAGACUCCUGUAACAUACUUGUACAGUUGUUUCCUGCUAGACAAGGACCUUAUAAUUUAUACCAUAUUAAAAUAAGUGUCCACUCUCUUCAUCUCAUCCUAUUGAUGAUAAACGAGAGGUAUCAGGAUCAUCCAAGUGCUGACCUUCGCUUCUGCUUCAUGUGCCUUCAAUAUUCAGGACAGCCAGGGCGAUGUGCCCAGCAGCAUCUGCCCCAGGGCCUCACUUCCCCAUACUUCUCAGUGUUCCUCAACUGCUAGGGAAUACUAAGCCACUUGACACAGAGAAACCAAAUUAUGAAUGGGUGCUGGGGAAUGAGAAGGAAAAGUAAAAUUCCUACGUGCGAAGAGAAAGCCACAUUUCCUUUGAGUUGAGAGGAUGACCAAAAGUAAGGGAAGGAGGCCAGAGGCCAACAUCUGGAAGGACAGUGGCAGGGAUGGGAAAUGAACAGUAGUGUUCCUGAGAUCUGGGGGGCACAUGCUAUUAAGUUCGCUUUACCAGCAUCUAAUUUUUUAAAUGCUGGUUGUCAUGCAACUUGAAAACAAUUCCCCCCAAUUUUAGUAAUUUUUAUGGACUAUAUUCACUUCUGUCAUACUGUAGCCAAUCCUGUGGUAGACUGGGUAGUUAAAGAAGUUCCUUUGAACAUGAUUUGUUUUUGACAGCCUAAUUUUUAAAACCAAGAAUGCUUCAUUUCUCCCUGUAGAAGCAGUAAGAUUUUGACUUGUCACCAAUCAAAUUUACAUGUCCAAUUACAAGUAGAUAUAAAAGGAAUGAAAGACAGUAAAGACAUCUUUUUCAUUGCUUCUUAAAAUAGAUCUUUUUUUUAUUGCCUUUAAUGUGAAUUUUUUCUUUAUAACCACAUAGGACUGUUUUUACUACCUCUACUAGUAUGGACAAAUAAAUUUAUAGACAUUA